AGAUCAUGGGUUAUCUUUGUCAUGGGUAAUACAUUUGCUUGGAAUCAUCCUUUACUUUCAGCACCGUCUUUAAUGAGUGAGAACCCAACAUAUGAAGACUUGUUGAAUUUACAAGAAUUGAUUGGGCAAGUUAAGCCACAAGUCACCACAAAGGAAGAGUUAUUCAAACAUGAUGAUCAACUUUUCAAAGUUUUAUUAGAUAAUGCAACUCAACCCGUUUCAACAGAUGAUAAGCUUUUAAAGAUAAGUCAGCUCGAGAGAUGUCAAAUCUGUCUUUCAGAAUAUGAUGAUGGUGAAGUGGUUAGGAAAUUAUCAAGUUGUAAUCAUUUUUAUCAUAAAGAUUGUGUUGAUAAUUGGUUGUUGAAUGGGAAAAACAAUUGUCCAUUGUGCAGAUCAAAAGGAAUUGUGAAACCAAAUGGUGAUGAU